GGCGAUUUUUGCGGCGGCUCUGGCUCCGAGGGACAAGGGGUAGCGUUACUGGUUUUGGUGGGGUUGUUUUUAGUUUAAAAUUUUCCUUUCUAGCUUCCCAUUGCCGGCCCGUGUGUACGUUGUAAUCCUCUGAGGCCAUGUCAGGAGACGCAGCCGCGGAGCAGGCAGCUGAAUAUGUCCCAGAGAAGGUGAAGAAAGCGGAAAAGAAAUUAGAAGAAAAUCCAUAUGACCUUGAUGCUUGGAGCAUUCUCAUUCGAGAGGCACAGAAUCAACCUAUAGACAAAGCACGGAAGACUUACGAACGCCUUGUUGCCCAGUUCCCCAGUUCUGGCAGAUUCUGGAAACUGUACAUUGAAGCAGAGAUUAAAGCUAAAAAUUAUGACAAGGUUGAAAAGCUAUUUCAAAGAUGCCUUAUGAAGGUUUUGCACAUUGAUUUAUGGAAGUGUUAUCUUUCAUACGUCAGAGAAACCAAGGGUAAACUGCCAAGUUACAAAGAAAAAAUGGCUCAAGCUUAUGACUUUGCACUGGAUAAAAUUGGAAUGGAAAUUAUGUCCUAUCAGAUUUGGGUGGAUUACAUCAAUUUCUUAAAAGGCGUGGAAGCUGUAGGAUCUUAUGCAGAAAAUCAGAGAAUAACUGCUGUCCGAAGAGUUUAUCAACGAGGUUGUGUUAAUCCAAUGAUCAACAUUGAACAACUCUGGAGAGACUACAACAAGUAUGAAGAGGGUAUCAAUAUUCAUUUAGCUAAAAAGAUGAUUGAAGAUCGAAGUAGAGACUACAUGAAUGCUAGACGUGUAGCAAAGGAAUACGAGACAGUGAUGAAAGGUUUGGACCGCAAUGCCCCUUCAGUGCCCCCUCAGAAUACCCCUCAAGAAGCUCAGCAAGUAGACAUGUGGAAGAAGUACAUCCAGUGGGAGAAGAGCAACCCCCUGCGUACCGAGGACCAGACCCUCAUAACAAAGCGAGUUAUGUUUGCCUAUGAACAGUGCCUACUUGUGCUGGGCCAUCACCCUGAUAUCUGGUAUGAAGCUGCCCAGUAUCUGGAACAGUCGAGUAAGCUGCUCGCAGAAAAGGGGGAUAUGAACAAUGCCAAAUUAUUUAGUGAUGAAGCUGCUAAUAUAUAUGAACGAGCCAUCAGCACUUUAUUAAAGAAGAACAUGCUCCUUUACUUUGCAUAUGCAGAUUAUGAAGAGAGUCGCAUGAAGUACGAGAAAGUUCACAGUAUAUAUAACAGACUGCUGGCAAUUGAGGACAUUGACCCCACCUUGGUAUAUAUCCAAUAUAUGAAAUUUGCAAGGAGAGCAGAAGGUAUCAAAUCUGGAAGAAUGAUAUUUAAAAAGGCAAGAGAGGAUGCGAGAACCCGUCAUCACGUCUAUGUGACCGCAGCGCUCAUGGAGUAUUACUGCAGUAAGGACAAAUCUGUUGCCUUUAAGAUUUUUGAAUUGGGACUAAAGAAAUAUGGAGAUAUUCCAGAGUAUGUUUUGGCUUAUAUUGACUAUCUCUCUCACCUCAAUGAGGACAAUAACACCCGAGUUCUGUUUGAAAGAGUCUUGACGUCUGGAAGCCUUCCUCCCGAGAAGUCCGGAGAAAUCUGGGCUCGGUUUCUAGCUUUUGAAAGCAACAUUGGUGAUUUAGCUAGUAUUCUCAAAGUGGAGAAAAGACGCUUUACAGCGUUCAGAGAAGAGUAUGAAGGCAAAGAAACAGCUUUAUUGGUAGACAGAUACAAGUUUAUGGAUUUAUACCCUUGUUCUGCAAGUGAACUCAAAGCACUGGGCUACAAGGUAUGUACUCAGCAGCAAGAUGGCCGCAGUGUUCCCCUUCCCCUACGGUUUCAGGAGUCCAUGCACUGCACAGUUUUCAUUCUACGGUCAAUUCUUUACUCUGUUGCUACUAAGACAAAAAUAUUUCAUUGACUUUAUUUAUUUUGUUGUUGUUUAUGGAAAUCACAAGUAACAAAAAAAUGGAAAUUAAACAUUUGAGAGCAAAUAAAUGCUUCCAUUGUGUG